AUGAGCCAACAAUGUGUCCUUUCUGUGAAAAAGGAGCAGGCAGAGCCUGAAGGCACAGAAGUUGCUGACAAGGCUGCCUACCUGAUGGGUCUGAACUCAGCUGAUAUGCUCAAGGCCCUCUGCUACCCCCGAGUCAAGGUGGGGAAUGAAUAUGUGACCAAGGGCCAAACGGCACAGCAGGUGCACAAUUCUGUGGGUGCUCUGGCAAAGGCACUCUAUGAGAGAAUGUUCCUGUGGAUGGUUGUUCGCAUCAACCAGCAGCUGGAUACGAAGCAGCCCAGGCAGUACUUCAUUGGUGUCCUGGACAUUGCUGGCUUYGAGAUCUUUGAUUUCAACAGCUUUGAGCAGCUGUGCAUCAACUUCACCAAUGAGAAACUGCAACAGUUCUUCAACCACCACAUGUUCGUGCUGGAGCAGGAGGAGUACAAGAAGGARGGMAUUGAAUGGACAUUCAUUGAUUUUGGGAUGGACCUGGCUGCCUGCAUCGAGCUCAUUGAGAAGCCCAUGGGCAUCUUCUCCAUCCUGGAAGAGGAGUGCAUGUUCCCCAAGGCAACUGACACCUCUUUCAAGAACAAACUCUAUGAUCAGCACCUGGGCAAGUCCAGCAACUUCCAGAAGCCCAAGCCUACYAAAGGCAAGGCUGAGGCUCACUUCUCCCUGGUGCACUAUGCUGGAACAGUGGAUUACAACAUCACUGGCUGGCUGGAGAAGAACAAGGACCCUCUGAAUGAAACUGUCAUUGGGCUGUAUCAGAAAUCAUCUGURAARACGCUGGCUUUACUUUUUGCCAACUAUGGUGGAGCAGAAGCAGCGGAGGCAAGUGGUGGUGGCAAGAAAGGUGCCAAGAAGAAGGGUUCUUCAUUCCAGACUGUCUCAGCACUUUUUCGGGAGAACUUAAACAAGCUGAUGACCAACCUGAGAAGCACCCAUCCCCACUUUGUACGGUGCAUCAUCCCAAAUGAAACUAAAACCCCUGGUGCCAUGGAGCAUGAAUUGGUGCUUCACCAGCUGCGYUGUAAYGGUGUGUUGGAAGGGAUCAGGAUUUGCAGGAAAGGAUUUCCCAACAGAGUCCUGUAUGCAGAUUUUAAACAGAGGUACAAAGUACUAAAUGCCAGUGCUAUCCCAGAGGGACAGUUCAUUGACAGCAAGAAGGCUUGUGAGAAACUUCUUGGAUCCAUUGAUAUAGACCAUACUCAAUAYAAAUUUGGUCACACUAAGGUGUUCUUCAAAGCUGGGUUGGUGGGCCUCCUGGAGGAGAUGAGGGAUGAGAAGCUGGCACAGCUCAUCACCCGCACACAGGCCAGGUGCAGGGGCUUCCUGAUGAGAGUGGAGUACCAGAAAAUGGUGGAGAGGAGAGAGUCCAUCUUCUGCAUCCAGUACAAYAUCCGUGCRUUCAUGAAUGUCAAACACUGGCCAUGGAUGAAGCUGUUCUUCAAGAUCAAGCCCUUGCUGAAGAGUGCAGAGUCUGAGAAGGAGAUGGCCAACAUGAAACAAGAGUUUGAGAAAACCAAGGAAGARCUUGCAAAGUCUGAGGCAAAGCGGAAGGAGCUGGAGGAGAAAAUGGUGAAAYUGGUSCAGGAGAAAAAUGAYCUGCAGCUCCAAGUACAGUCUGAAGCUGAUGCCUUGGCUGAUGCUGAGGAAAGGUGUGACCAGCUCAUCAAAACCAAAAUCCAACUGGAAGCCAAAGUCAAGGAAGUGACUGAAAGGGCUGAGGAGGAAGARGAAAUUAAUGCUGAACUGACAGCCAAGAARAGGAAACUGGARGAUGAAUGUUCAGAGCUGAAGAAAGAUAUUGAUGACCUUGAGCUAACACUGGCCAAGGUGGAGAAGGAAAAACACGCCACUGAAAACAAGGUGAAAAAYCUGACGGAGGAGAUGGCAGCCCUGGAUGAGACCAUUGUGAAGCUGACAAAAGAGAAGAAAGCCCUCCAAGAGGCCCAUCAGCAGACCCUGGAUGAUCUGCAGGCAGAAGAGCAGAAGCUGGAGAAGGAGAAGAGUGAGAUGAAGAUGGAGAUUGAUGACUUGGCCAGUAACAUAGAGUCUGUCUCCAAAGCCAAGGCAAACCUGGAGAAGAUGUGCCGCACUCUAGAAGAUCAGUUGAGUGAAUAUAAAACAAAGGAGGAGCAGAAUCAGCGCAUGAUCAGCGAUCUUAGUGCUCAAAGAGCUCGUCUGCAGACAGAAUCUGGUGAAUAUGGACGCCAGGUAGAGGAAAAAGAUGCUUUAAUUUCUCAGCUGUCUAGAGGGAAACAGGCUUUCACCCAGCAGAUUGAAGAACUGAAGCGGCAACUAGAAGAAGAGAUAAAGGCCAAGAAUGCCCUGGCCCACGCCCUGCAGUCCGCUCGCCAYGACUGUGACUUGCUCCGGGAACAAUAUGAGGAGGAGCAGGAGGCCAAGGGGGAGCUGCAGCGAGCCCUGUCCAAGGCCAAUGGUGAAGUGGCCCAGUGGAGAACCAAAUACGAGACGGACGCGAUUCAGCGCACRGAGGAGCUCGAGGAGGCCAAGAAGAAGCUGGCACAGCGCCUGCAGGAUGCAGAGGAACACGUUGAGGCUGUCAAUGCCAAAUGUGCCUCCCUGGAAAAGACAAAGCAGAGGCUGCAGAAUGAAGUGGAGGACCUCAUGAUUGAUAUCAGGAGCAGGAAUGAAGCCCUGAGGCUGAAGAAGAAGAUGGAGGGAGACCUGAAUGAAAUGGAGAUCCAGCUGAGCCAUGCCAACCGUGUGGCUGCAGAGGCACAGAAGAACCUGAGAAAUACUCAGGGAGUGCUCAAGGACACUCAGAUUCAUCUGGAUGAUGCUCUCAGGACACAGGAUGAYCUGAAGGAGCAGGUGGCCAUGGUGGAACGCCGAGCAAACCUGCUGCAGGCUGAAAUUGAGGAGCUACGGGCAGCCCUGGARCAGACAGAACGGUCCAGGAAAGUGGCUGAGCAGGAGCUUCUGGAUGCCACUGAACGUGUGCAGCUCCUCCAUACCCAGAACACCAGCUUGAUCAACACCAAGAAGAAGCUGGAAACAGACAUUGCCCAAAUCCAGGGUGAAAUGGAGGAUACGAUCCAGGAAGCCCGCAAUGCUGAGGAGAAGGCCAAGAAGGCCAUCACAGAUUAUGGCUCCUGGGGAUUCCCUUGA